ACGGAUUCCCAUUUCCGCUGGCAGAGAGACGAAUGAGCGCGAGAUUACAAGUUGGAUGGAACAGUGCUGCUAGAAAUGGUGUCACGGUGUUGCGCUACGCAGAAUUCGCAAUUCCGGUUCGAACAUAUUUCACCAUUCGUGUUGAAAAAAAUCUUUAGCAUCCCUGCCCGCGAAAUCAAUCUCAUGACCACAGCUGAGUUCUCUCGCUAUGCUAGGUUGUACUCGUUGGUGGUGGUAAUCCCAACAGCGCAGUAGUGGUGAAUGGUAAUUGACCAUCACAAGUCUCAAACGAACGAACGCAACACAUCACAGAAUAGCUGCAACCAGCAGACGACGUUCGUUCGGUUUGGGAUUCAACCCGUCAGCCAGCCAGUGGAAUUUCCGCCUACGAACAUAUCGAAGUGCUUGAAUCGCAAUUAGGGAAAGAGAAGAAAAAAAAUAGUAUCAAUAAUACGAUUUCAGUCGCGCUGCAACAUGUGGUGACGUUGUUCUCUUCUGCACAGAUGAUACUCCAGCAGCUUUGUUAUGUGGUGCUCGCUGCUUGUGGGAGUAAAUUGCGUCAUGAGUCAAAACAAACAGAGCAAUAAGUGCUCGUAAGUGUUGGGAAAAAAACAGACCAAAAUAUCAUAAAAAUGUGUGAACUGGCAGCGGAAGCACGUGAAAAUUAAAUAUCAAGUGCGAUAAAUCAGCAGUGGUGUGUAUAAAAAAGGGAUAUAUCAACGAACGAGCAAGGUUCAAGGAUAGUGUGAUCCUCAGCAUCAGCUGCUUCUCUGUGGGGGUGGGGAAAGAAAAUAAACAAAGACUGUCGAGCUGACCGAAGUGCAGAAGUGCAAACGUGUUGCGUGCGGAAAAGGAAACAACAGGAUAGAGGGGGGAAUGUUUUCCUUUCUCCUGGCUCUGCUGUCGUAAAUGUCUCAUCAGCUUUUGUUUACCCGACGACUGCUGCGAUUAAGAGUAAGACGGGACAAAGGAGGAACGUCCAGGUGGACGGCGAAAAGAAAACCUCGCCUCAGGGGUAUCAUCCUACGAGAAGGCGACACCAGCUGAACGGUGUGCGUUAUUUAUCCUCGGAAGAAACAAAGAAGUUGGGGGUUCGAAUAUUGGAACAGAGGAUUUCACUAGAUCUAGCAGAAGAUGGCUGAUUUCGACGCAAUAUACGAAGAGCAGGAACUCGCUGAGCCUGAGGAACUGGAGGAGGGCCACGUCCAGAUGGUGCCGGAUCCGAUCGUUAUACGAGGAGCUGGAAAUAUGACAGUUUUCGGUUUGAGCAACCGUUUCAAUGCGCAGUUUCCAGCCGGUCUGGUGUCGCGCGUUGCCCCCGAGGAAUUCAAGGCAACCAUCCAGCGCAUCAACACGGUCCUCAAGAAGACACUUCCGGUCAACGUGAAGUGGCUGUUUUGUGGCUGCGUGUGUUGCUGCUGUACCCUCGGAUGUUCCCUAUGGCCUGUGAUAUGUUUAAGUAAGCGAACUCAGCACACACUCAACAAACUGCUCGAGUGGGAGAAUAGUCAUUUGUACCAUAAGCUAGGACUGCACUGGCGAUUGAGCAAACAGCAGUGCGACUCGAAUUCAAUGAUGGAGUACGUGCUGCUGAUAGAAUUCAUACCGAAGACGCCCAUCUAUCGGCCGGAUUAAGGUCACCGUGUCAGAUCCGGAUAUGCACAACUAUCAUCAGUUAGUAUUAGUAGCAGUAACAUUAGUAGUGGUAGAAGUACAUGACUAUAUUGUGUAUGCGUUCUACAAGGAAAAAAAAGUAAGAGCAUAUUCGUUUCCUCCUAAAAACAAAACCGAGAUCGAACAACACCCAAAUUGUUAGCUAGCUGUGAAGCGUUUCUUGUUUUUGGGCGGUAGAUUUUAGUUGUUACUCUAUCAGUGCUGGGGUAUGUGAAGUACCCAUGCCCAUACAGACUAAUACCAAUAAUUACACACAAGCGCAUAUAUCCCUAUCGCGACGAAAAGCAAUUUAUGGAAGCAUAUGAACGAAAUCAUUUUCCUUGAGCUCUCGAUUGUUUUACACGUGUAGUUUCAUCAAGAAUUGUGUAGAGAGUUGAAUAAACUGAAUUUAAAUUGUUGCAGUUAAAGCGUUCGGUUCAUUCGGGAAAGUGAACUUCAGGCUACUCGAUUAUUGGCAAACGUUUGUAAAUUUAGUACAUGUUUUCCUGAAGGGGCACAAUUUCCGGCAGUAUGCUGAAUGCGCGCAAAGCACAAAUAAAAACGUGAAGACUUUUAGACGAGGAUAGGAAGUGAAAAUAUCGAAUUUGUCUUGGAAAUUGUAAAUUUAGGGUCUGGAAAAAGAAUGAAUGAAUUCAAAACCACUAAAGUGAUCUUAGGCAAACAGCAAAAAUAAGAAUGAUGUUUUCCGUGAUGCGAAAAUAAAAAGAUACUGAAUAUCAAAUUUUGUUUAUAUAGAGCAAAAAAUUUGAGCUGAAUAAAAAAUGCCGUAAGAAAAAUGAAUAAACAGAAGAGAAUAGUGAGCAAAUUUAGUCUAGGAUAGGGAAUGAUUGUAUAGUGUAUAGAGAUUUGUUUAGCGUUUAAGACAAAUCAACCAAUAAAAAGUGAAAAAAAACAUAUUUGAG